UUGUUGGUAACUUGGUAUUCUUUCAUUUUAUGGCGAAUUGUUUCUUUUUUUUUAAUCAUUCUUUUGAGAGGGUUGGGCAGUGAGAGUGAAGGGAAUCUGAGGUGGGUUUUCUUUCAUUUUCUCUUAUUGAAGAGUUGGAAAUUCAAGGGCUGUUGAUGGAGGUUUAAAACCUCAGGAAACUUCGUACUUGUAUUUUCCAAUCCGUAGUAGAAAAACCAGGUCAGCAAGUCACAAGAGUCCAAUUUUUGAAUUGUGGAAGGAAAUCACAAUUGCAUUUUCAACAUACUCUCUGCUCAGUCUUCUAUGAUUUUUGUGGGAGAUGAUCUCUGGUUCAGCUCCCUUGGCUUCUUCUGAGUUUGUUUGUUUCUCCUCUAAGUCCUCUUGCUUACCUCUGCAGCCUGACUGGUUCUGCCUUCCAGCCAUGCUUCUAGUCCCCAAUUAAAAAUCAGUUUCAAGUGAUACUGGUAAAUCUGCUAUCAAGAUCCGUUUCUCGAGGAGUACUCUAGAAAGUUCUUAAUUUUGGUGGGGGUGUUGAUAGGCAAGUAUAUAUACUUGGAGCAGUUUGGUAGAUUUCUUCUUCUGGUGAUAUUCUGGAAAUUGGGAUUCAAACAAGGCUAGAUGACUGUGGAUGAAGCUGACUGUAGCUCUGUGUGGACUAGAGAGCAGGAUAAGACCUUCGAAAAUGCCCUUGCCACACAUCCUGAGGAUUCCCCAGAUCGGUGGGAGAAAAUUGCAGCUGAUGUACCUGGGAAAACUUUAGAAGAAAUCAAAGAACAUUAUGAGCUUCUAGUGGAGGACGUUAACCAGAUUGAGUCUGGAUGUGUUCCCUUGCCUAAUUAUACUACUUCUUCAGAAGGUUCACCGAGCCAUGCCGGCAAUGAAGGAACUGGUAAGAAGGGAGGUCAUUUUGGGCAUUAUAACAGUGAAUCCAAUCAUGGAAGUAAAGGCUCAAGGUCAGAUCAGGAGCGCCGGAAGGGGAUUGCUUGGACAGAGGAUGAGCACAGGUUGUUUCUUCUUGGUUUAGAUAAAUAUGGGAAGGGUGAUUGGCGAAGCAUAUCUCGAAACUUUGUAGUGACCAGAACACCUACCCAAGUGGCAAGCCAUGCGCAAAAGUACUUCAUUCGUUUGAACUCGAUGAACAAAGACAGAAGGCGAUCGAGCAUCCAUGACAUUACCAGCGUUGGCAGUGGAGAUAUUGCAGCACCUCAAGGACCCAUCACUGGUCAAACUAAUGGUACUGCUCCUGGAGCUUCAUCUGGAAAGUCGACCAAACAACCGCCUCAACACCCUACUGGACCCCCAGGUGUUGGCAUGUAUGGUCCUCCGAGCAUAGGACAACCUAUAGGAGGAGGGCCCCUUGUUUCAGCAGUAGGCACUCCCGUGAAUCUUCCUGCCCCUGCACACAUGGCAUAUGGCAUCAGAGCUCCAAUGCCGGGAACUGUACCUGGAGCAGUGGUUCCUGGUGCACCAAUGAACAUGGGUCCUAUGACGUAUCCAAUGCCGCACACAACUGCUCAUCGGUAAUGCACUUUUAGCGGUGAAAUGUGUUAGUAGACAGUAGGCCGUCAGCUUGUCAUCCUGAAUAAGAUUAUGGUUUGGAAGCACAAGAAGUCUUAUUUCAGGUGUCAUUCGCUCUCAAAUCUCAAAUAAGCCAUGGGGGAAUAAAAUACAUGCAUCUGUACAGGCAACUUAUCAAAAAUUUCAGAGCAUUUUAUGGAUAGGGAAGCAUUCUGCUAUGUUUUUGGUCUUUGAGAACAUUAUGAGAGUCGUAGAAGCAGUCAAUAUUAAGAAAUUUAUUGCAAACUUUGUAAAGAGCCCUUUUGUAUUUAGACAUCAUCUGUCGCCAUAAAUUUAGUUGAACGAUUAUUUUUUCCCCAA